CUGUGCUCUUCAAUAUGGCGAACCGCUGUGGCCAAAUAUUCAUUCGAAAUGUGUUAUUUUUUUCAUUAUUUUGUCAUAGUUUCUCAAGCAUAUACGGUUUGGAACUUGCAAGCUCGAAUGGAUAUGUGAGAAGAGAACAUUCACUUUCGAAACCAUUUCAAGUUGGUAGCACUAGCCUGCAAUUUUGGGAUUUUGGUGGUGACACAUUGAUAACCAGUAAUCAUAUCCGAUUGACCGAGGAUCAUCAAAGUCAAAAAGGGUUUAUUUGGAACACAUUGCCUGUAACAGCUCGCGAUUGGGAAAUCCAUAUCCAUUUUUCAGUUCAUGGUUCUGGAGAUUCACUUUAUGGAGAUGGCUUUGCGUUCCAUUAUGCUAAAGAGAAAAUGGAAUUCGGUAAUAAAUUGAGUUUAUUUAGUAAAUUUCAUUAA